UUUGGCAAGCCCUCUGGGUUCGGUCACGCAUCGGCGUUAGGCCAACCCUCAGCAUUCGGCCAACCAGCUGCUAGCAGUCAGACAGCAGGUUUUGGUCAACCGUCGACAUUGGGCCAGAGCUCUGGUUUUGGACAACCAAGUACAUUGGGUUCGGGAUCAGCAUUUGGUAAACCUUCGGGGCUAGGUGGUGGACAGCCUGCGUUUGGGCAGCCCAGUAUAGGCCAGCCGAACCCAGGCCAGCCUGCGUUCGGUCAACCAUCAGCGUUUGGGCAACCGUCAACAUUAGGAGGUUCGUCAUUCGGUGCAUCGACUAACGCGUCUCCUUUUGGUGCCAUAUCAAACCAAAAUCAGAGCGCAGGUGUCGGCUUUGGCCAAGCUGCGUCAACCACGUCUCCGUUCGCACAGGCUGCUAGCCAACAACCUGCAGCACCUUCUGGAUUUGGACAGCCAUCAACCACCCCAGCAACAACAGGCGGCUUUGGUCAGCCCACGCAAACACCAUCCCCAUUUGGCCAGCCCCAACCCCAGCCAACAUCCAAUCCAUUUGGACAACCAUCCACUACACCAAAUCCUUUCGGGGCUCCCAGUCAACCACAGCAACAACAAGCACAGCCCGCUCCUUCGCCCUUUGGCCAACCAGCGGCUGGCUUCGCACAGCCCGCGCAACAACAACAACAACCACCGUCAGCUCCUACCGCUACAGCAGGCACUGGCCCUCCUGCCAUCAUCAAGGUUGAGGAUCCGAAUCAGCUCAGUCCCAUUCCACCCUUAUCCGGUCAGACGGUCCGAGAUCCUAUGACCAAGAGACUGUCCACAUGGAAAGGACAGCCCGUCAAGUAUAUUGACAACAGCCCGUGUUAUCUGCAUCCUCAAGACCGCCAAACAUACGUUCGCAUCUUCUUCCCGGAUGGGCCUCCCGACCCGGCGAGCUUGAGAGAUGCAACAGGAAAGCCGGAAGAGUAUACCCCUGAGGUCACGGAACAGUAUGAGUUUUUUGUUAAAAACGGAUACUUCAAGGACGGCGUCAUCCCAAGCGUACCACCGAAGACAGAAUGGGUGAGUUUCGACUUUUAG